AUGGCAUCUGUACCGAAUGGAUUGCCUAUAAGCCAUACGGGCAUGACUGGCGACACUUUGAUUAACUUUGAUCGUGCCAUCAAUUGUAAAGCUCACUUACUGUUCUAUCGUCAUUAUGCUGGUCACCUGAAUGAUAGACUUCGAGAGCAGUGGCCAGGGGGCUGCAGCUUUAGCGGGUCAGAGGAAAAGUUCAAUGAAAAAUGA